AUGACUACAUUAACACCAAUCUCACAAAUGCCUCAUGCUCCCAAUGGCAUGCCAGUAGUGCAAACAUACUACUCCGAUAUCUACUGGGUACUUGGCCUCACACGAGUACCAAAUACAGGUGAGUAUAGCGAGCGGGUGAAAGCCUUUUGUGUUGACUUUACUUCAAAUCCCCAAGCUGUCGAUCCUGAAGGAACUACUGUUUUCAAUAAUAUUGAAUUCCUGCCAGAUCAAGUGUUUGAAGUUAUUUUCUUUGCCACAGACUUUGAUGAAAUCAUCACCUCCUACCAAAACUCAUUCAAAGUGAUGGUAAAUUAUGACCAGGUCAAGGAUGCAAUCACUAAACCAGGCACUGUAUCAAUAAUGAACUGGUUCUUAAUCAUAAAUCUGAGGUUGUUACAUCGAGGAUUUGAUGACCAUUUUGAAUUCUUUGCCAAGAAGUAUAAAGUUGCCACAAUCAAGCUGGCUCGACCACUCAUUGACAAGAUCAUCAAGUUCCUUCCCCACAAUUACAUUCAAAACAACUCCCAUUAUGCUGAAUAUGUGUUUCCAGAAAAUAUUCUUGUUAAAUUUGGAUUGACCUCGGCUGUAAGUUCAAGUAACCGUGUGGCUAUUACGCUUCCGGACUCUUCCAAUCCUGCAACCCCGGUUCGAUCCAAUCAAAGUUCAACAGUGGAUUCUACUAAAUUAAGCACUCCAGACCUUGCUGCUCUUCAGUCAGUUGCUCAUGAAAUUGGUAUGUCAUCGGCGAACAUAUUGAAAUCCAGAAGCUCCCAGUCUCCUGAUUCUUCCAAUAUAUCCUUUUCCAGUGUCCCUGCAUCCUCCCCCUUGCGCAUAUCAAAGAAACCCUGCGACAAAAAAAAAUUCUCUGCCAUCAAGAAUAUCAAGUUGACGAACUCCUCAAAUGGUUUGAACCAGUAUAUAAUAAUCACUAAAAGCAAUCCAGUGGAUUGA